AUGGAUUCUUCAGAUGAUGAAGAUAUCCAGAUGCAUGAAAAUGUACAAACGGUAAAUGAAGAUAGUGAUAACAACUCUGAAGAUGUAAAUUUCACUGAUACAGCUCCUGCACAAUCAACAAACAAUACUCAUCUACAAACUUUUCCUUGCAGAUUCCUGAAACGAUUCCGCCUGAUCAAAGAGGCCUUUGAAUUUGAUUUGCAGCAAAUAAAUUUAACGAAAUCAAACGCCAAAGCGGUGCUUAAAAUGCUACAAUUAGCAGCCAUUCUUUCACUUUCGGCUAGCGGUGGGUACCAGCACAGGGUUGGCAGCGACUAUUUGAUUGGUAUGAGCCAGAGCACUCUUUCGAAGUUAUGCCUGCAGUUAAUACGGUUUCCGCCAGAAGAUUCGCUUAACUGCAAAGAGUCGUUUAUGGAGCAGGAUAAAAUACCGGGAGUUGUAAGGUGCGUUGAUGGCACUCACAUCGGCCUACAAAAACCCACAGCAAACGGGCAUAUGUAUUUCAUUAGGAAAGGCUCUUAUAGCAUCAACGUUAUGGUAGUAAGCUGCUAUUACAAUAUAUUGCUUGAAUAA